UGCUUUUCUUUAGGGUUUUCUUGUUAUUGUUAGGUUUGCUUUUCUUUUCUCUGUUUUUGCUUAUUAUUAUUACUGUUGAUUUCUUGCAAAGUAAGUAAUAAACAUGACUGCAACACUAAUAACAAGGAAAGAUCAUCAUCGCCCUAGGGUAGUGCCUAAUCUUCACAAUCCAGUUCUUGAUUCUGAAAAGAGAUCAAGAACAAGUUACAUGGCACAGCAGCAACAAGGUGGAGACUAUUAUCAUCGUAAUCAACUAGGGCUUCAAGCCAAGAAACCGAGGGUCGAUCGUUUUAAUAAUAAUGGGGCUGUCAAUUUCGGUCCAAAGAUUCAAUCUUUUCCGCAGUUUGAGGGCAAGAAAGUGGAGAUUAAUUAUGGGGUUUCUGGUUUCGAUGCUAGGGUUCAAGCCCGGAAGCCAGAGUUGAGUAAUAAUGGGGUUUUGACACCGAUGUUCCGGCCUUUGCCACAACUUCAGGAUCAGAAAGCAGAGGGGAGUAAUGGUUUUUUUAUGCCAAAUUUGCAAGCUGGGAAGCCUGAGGGUAAUAAUUUUGUGGUUUCAAGGCCGUAUCCUCCAUUUUCGCAGCAAUUUCAAGGCAAGAAGCCAGGGUUUUAUAAUGGGUUUUCAGUGCCAAAUUAUCAAGUUUCUCGACAUUUUCAAGACAGUAGUUUGAAGGUUGAUAAUGGAGUUUUCAAUCCAAAUCAUCCAGCUAUGCAGCAGGAUCAAGAGAAGAAGUCAGAGGUUAACAAGGGGUUUUUUAUGCCGAACCUUAAUUUGUAUAGUUCAAAGUCACUAGGAGGCCCUUUGUAUUCAAUGCCAAAUCCUGCCAUUGUAAAGCCCAUGUUGAAUCAAAAUGUAACUAACAUGUGUUUGCUGAAUUCACAAUCACAUAGUUCUCUUGCGUCUUCUGUUAAUAAAAAUGGGGGUUUCACUCCAAAUCCCCCAGUUAUGCAGCUUAAUUUGGUGAAUCGGAGCGCUGCAAACGUGCCUUUGAAUUCACAGGCUCAAGUAGCCUCUUGCUACUCUGAUUUGCUAACCACUUUGGUUGGCAAUGGAAUAGUUUCUUUGGCUAAACAUGAAGUCCAAAGUAAUAAUGCAAAUAGUUGCGAAUUCAAUUGUGCACCAAAGUUGCUGGAAACCAGUAACCAACUUGUGGCUAAUGGAUGUCCUGGUUUGAGAAAUUCACUCAUGAGUUCCUUGAUUAAAAAGGAAGAUGAUUUUAGGGGUGUUGUUGUAUUUGAUACAAACCAACUUAAGGUGAGGCAUGAAUCUGUGAUUAGAUCCUUGUAUGCUGAUAUGCCAAGACAAUGCUCCACAUGUGGAAUCAGAUUCAAGUUCCAAGAAGAUCAUAGCAAGCAUAUGGACUGGCAUGUGAUUAAAAACUGGACAAUCAAGAUAUCUAAGCAGAGAAGCAUUUCUCGUAUGUGGUUGGAUGGUGUAGAUAUGUGGCUGGCUGCCAGGGCAGGUGUUGCUGCAGUUCCUGGAUUUGCAAAAGCUGAUGCUCCUGUAGAGAAGGAAAAAGAAGAAGAUUGGAUAAGUUCCACUGAUGAAAACAAAGUAUGUGCCUUGUGUCGAGAACCAUUUGAAGAAUUCUACAGCCACGAGGCUGAUGACUGGAUAUUCAGAGGAGCUGUCUACCUGAACGCGGAAAAGAAAUCAGCAGCUGAAAGCAUGGAUAGGAGUCGAUUAGGUCCUGCUGUGCAUGCCAAGUGCAGGCCAGCGUCCAAGAAGUAAUGCUAGUAGUCAAAUUUGGGUUAUACAAUUUGUAAACUCCAUUCUAUCUUGAUGUAUUAACCAUAUGCUAGUGAAGGUCAAGCAAAUAUUGUACAUGUUACUCUCUUCACUGGAGUAAACAUGCGCAAAUAUUCUGUUAAUACAUCCUUGUAAUGACAAAUUCUCUUAAUAAAAUUCAUCAA